CCGAGCGUCCUCCGCGUCUCCAGGGACAACCUAGGCGCUACCCUCCGCGGGCGCCGCGACGGUUAAUCAGAUUCCCGACCGAGGGGGCAUGGCCGCCUGCUGCAGGGGCCAAUCGAAAGCCUGGGAGGCCCUAUAUGCAAAUAUGAGGGCCGGGCGGACCCGAGGGAGGGCUGGUGUGUCCCCAGAGCCUCCUCCAGGGCUGGGAAGAUGCUACAGUGCCUGACUUCGGAGAGUGAGGAAGGUGGUGAAGAGAAGGAGGAGAGUUCUACAGAAGAUCUAGAAGAGCUAAAAGAAUUUGUCACCCUGGCUUUUGUGAGAGAGAACACACAAAAGAGGCUUCAGAACGCCCAGCAGCAUGGCAAGAAGAAGAGGAAGAGAAAAAGAUUGGUGAUCAAUCUAUCCAACUGCCGCUAUGACAGUGUGCGCCGGGCAGCCCAGCAGUACGGCCUUCGAGAGGCAGGCGACAAUGAUGACUGGACUCUCUACUGGACGGACUACUCAGUGUCGCUGGAGAGAGUGAUGGAAAUGAAGAGUUACCAAAAAAUCAACCAUUUUCCCGGGAUGAGUGAGAUCUGCCGCAAGGACUUGCUAGCCCGGAACAUGAGCCGUAUGCUAAAGCUGUUUCCUAAGGACUUCCAUUUCUUCCCUAGGACCUGGUGUCUUCCUGCGGACUGGGGAGAUUUGCAGAAUUACAGCAGGUCAAGAAAAAAUAAGACGUACAUUUGUAAGCCGGACUCGGGCUGCCAAGGGAGAGGCAUAUUUAUCACCCGGACGGUGAAAGAAAUCAAGCCAGGGGAGGAUAUGAUCUGUCAGCUUUAUAUUUCAAAGCCCUUUAUCAUCGACGGGUUCAAGUUUGACCUGCGGGUUUAUGUGCUGGUGACCUCCUGUGACCCUCUCAGGGUUUUUGUGUACAACGAAGGACUGGCUCGCUUUGCCACUACUUCCUAUUCCCACCCCUGCACAGAAAACCUGGAUGAAAUCUGCAUGCACCUGACCAACUAUUCUAUCAAUAAGCACAGCUCCAACUUUGUUCAAGAUGCUCAUACUGGCAGCAAGAGGAAACUCUCCACCUUCAACUCGUACAUGAAGACCAAUGGCUAUGAUGUAGAGCAGAUAUGGAGGGCCAUCGAGGAUGUCAUCAUCAAGACACUCAUCUCGGCUCACCCCGUCAUCAAGCACAACUACCACACCUGCUUCCCCAGCCACACGCUCAACAGCGCCUGCUUUGAAAUUCUGGGUUUUGACAUCUUGUUGGACCGCAAACUCAAACCCUGGCUGCUGGAGGUCAACCAUUCUCCAAGCUUCUCCACCGACUCCAAGUUGGAUAAAGAGGUGAAAGACAGCCUGCUCUAUGAUGCACUGGUCCUCAUCAAUCUGGGGGGCUGUGACAAAAAGAAAGUCUUGGAGGAAGAGAGACAGCGGGGACGGUUCCUGCAGCAGUGUCCUUCUCGGGAGAUGAGGAUGGAGGAGGUCAAGGGUUUCCAGGCAGUGCGUUUACAGAAAACGGAGGAAUAUGAGAGGAAAAACUGUGGCGGGUUCCGGCUCAUCUACCCUGGUCUUAAUUUGGAGAAGUAUGAGAAGUUCUUCCAGGACAAUAGCUCCCUCUUCCAGAAUACUGUUUCUUCCAGAGCCAGGGAGCUGUAUGCCCGGCAACUGAUCCAGGAGCUGAGGGAGAAACAGCAAAAGAAAUCAUUCCUAAAGAAAGAGAAGAAGGCAGAGAUGCAGGGUGAGUCUGCCGGUGAUCAGAGGAGAGACAAGAUCGUGAAAACUGGGCGACAGAGACAGCUGCAGAAGAGCAAGACAACCACCCGUCCCCCCAAACAAUGCUACCACCCAGUGACUUUAGUAUCCUGCACACCCGGCUUGUUCUUGAACAUCAGAGGCAUACGGAAAAAUGAAACAGACAGUAGCCUCCACCAGGGCUCCAAGAAGGAGGCCAGCCUCGCUCCCUGCGAGCCCAUGUCAGCAAGGCACUACAGUUCUGUCCCUGACCUAAGGAAUUCAAAUCUCAACUGCUGUGGGCCAGAGCUCUGUAAGUCCAAUUCCAAAAUCAAGGAAGUGAAGUCGGCCCUUUCAUUGAACAUAAUCAGCAAUAAUACCCAGCCUUUAACAUCUGAAGAAACUUCCCCAGAACCCACAGCCCAGCUCUCAACCUCUCUAGAAUCCCUGGCAAGCCUGAGCCUGACCACCAGCCCUGAGUGCAGCAGCCCCGACAGCAUCCAGACAGCCUCCUAUAGGUGCAAGCAGCAGAGGGCCCCCUACAGGCUGAUCCAGGAGAAAAAAUCCAAACCUCCCAUGUCUUCCAAACCCAGGAAUUUGGACCCGAGUUGGACCUUGCUAAAGAAUGAGGUGAAGAGGCAGUAUCUGAUGUCAGAGAUACUGCAGAAGGUUCAGAUGAAGAAACACGCCUUGUUCCCGGCUCCCAAGUCACGAAACCCAUCCUUGCCCAAGGAGUGGUGCUCCCACAGCUAUAACCCUGUCAGGAAGAGAGAGAUGGGUGUGCCCUCCGUCCUCUUCCUGCAGGGUUCUCACAGCCAUGCUCAAUCUCUGGAUGACCUUCUGAUAGUUGCCACUCAGGCUCGUCUGGACCCUCGGCCUAUCAGAGGCCAUUCGGGUACUCCAAGGGACCCAGGCACUACAAGCGACCCAGGCACACAGGACCCGAAGCACACCGCUACUGCCUGAUCGCUGGUCAGAAAGGAUGUGAGAGCUUAGAAUCAGACUGGAUCUUUGGCCGUUUUUCCUUUCCUACCUCUUAUUCCAGGAAAUGAUUUGUCUCUUCCUACAGUGUCUACAGAUGGACCGGACGUUUCAUUUCCUCAUCUAGAAAUUCUGGUCUGAUAAACAGUCUCACUGGCACUUGUGAGGACAGCGGCCUUCCGUGCUGCG